CGCUCCGCCCCUCCCGCCCCGGCCAGGCCGCUGAGUUCCCGGCGCGGCGACAGCGGGGGCCCUUCCGCCUGACGGGCUUUGGCCCGAAGCGAGCGGCCCACGAUGUGGCUGGGCCCAGAAGAGGUUCUGGUGGCCAACGCGCUGUGGGUGACGGAGCGGGCCAACCCCUUCUUCGUGCUGCAGCGGCGUCGAGGCCACGGCAAGGGCGGCGGCCUCACGGGUCUCCUUGUGGGCACCCUGGACGUAGUGCUGGACUCAAGUGCCCGAGUGGCCCCGUACCGCAUCCUGCACCAGACCCAGGACUCACAGGUCUACUGGACGGUGGCAUGUGGUUCUUCCCGCAAAGAGAUCACAAAGCACUGGGAAUGGCUGGAGAGUAACUUACUGCAGACGCUGUCCAUCUUCGACAAUGAGGAAGACAUCACCACCUUUGUCAAGGGCAAGAUACACGGCAUCAUUGCAGAAGAGAACAAGAACCUGCAGCCACAGGGAGACGAAGACCCCGGCAAGUUCAAGGAGGCUGAGCUGAAGAUGCGGAAGCAGUUCGGGAUGCCAGAAGGAGAGAAGCUGGUCAACUACUACUCCUGUAGCUAUUGGAAGGGCCGAGUGCCCCGCCAGGGCUGGCUCUACUUGAGUGUCAACCACCUGUGCUUCUACUCCUUCCUGCUGGGCAAGGAAGUGAGCCUGGUGGUGCAGUGGGUGGAUGUGACGCGGCUGGAGAAGAACGCCACCCUCCUGUUCCCUGAGAGCAUCCGCGUGGACACCCGGGACCAGGAGCUCUUCUUCUCCAUGUUCCUCAACAUCGGUGAGACCUUCAAGCUCAUGGAGCAGCUGGCCAACCUGGCCAUGCGGCAGCUGCUGGACAGCGAGGGCUUCCUGGAGGACAAAGCACUGCCCCGACCUUCCCGGCCACACAGGAACAUCUCUGCACUGAAGCGAGACCUGGAUGCUCGAGCCAAGAACGAGUGCUACCGGGCCACCUUCCGGCUGCCCAAGGAUGAGCGGCUAGAUGGGCACACCAGCUGCACCCUGUGGACUCCCUUCAACAAACUGCACAUCCCUGGCCAGAUGUUCAUCUCAAGCAACUACAUCUGCUUCGCCAGCAAGGAGGAGGACACCUGCCACCUCAUCAUCCCCCUACGAGAGGUGACCAUUGUGGAAAAGGCUGACAGCUCCAGCGUCCUGCCUAGCCCUCUGUCCAUCAGCACCAAGAGCAAAAUGACCUUCCUAUUUGCCAACCUCAAAGACCGAGACUUCUUAGUCCAAAAGAUCUCUGACUUCCUCCAGAAAACGCCAUCCAAGCAGCCAAGUGGCAGCAGCUGGAGCAGGAAAGCCAGCACCACAGACCCAGCCCCGGAGGCUCUCCUAGCUGCCCAGGAGGUGUUGGAAGAGCCCACAAUCCCAUCCUCACCCCCCAGCAGCCGCCAGAUCUCCCCCGUACAGGAAGCCCCAACCGCCUCCCAGGGCCUGCUGAAGCUCUUCCAGGGCAACGUCUCCAUGGAGGACCUGGGGACCAAGGGGGCCAAGGAGAAGAUGAAGCAGGAGUUGUGGAACAUCCACUUCUUCGAGUACGGGCGCGGCAUGUGCAUGUACCGCACGGCCAGGACACGGGAGCUGGUGCUGAAGGGUAUCCCCGAGAGCCUCCGGGGAGAGCUGUGGCUCCUAUUCUCGGGGGCUUGGAACGAGAUGGUGACACACCCGGGCUACUACACUGAGCUGGUGGAGAAGUCCACGGGCAGGUACAGCCUGGCCACAGAGGAGAUUGAGCGAGAUCUCCACCGCUCCAUGCCCGAGCAUCCUGCCUUCCAGAACGAGUUGGGUAUCGCUGCACUCCGACGGGUGCUGACAGCCUACGCUUUCCGCAACCCCACCAUCGGCUACUGCCAGGCCAUGAACAUCGUCACCUCGGUGCUCCUGCUCUAUGGCAGUGAGGAGGAGGCCUUCUGGCUGCUGGUGGCUCUGUGUGAGCGCAUGCUGCCUGACUAUUACAACACCAGGGUGGUGGGGGCCCUGGUGGACCAAGGCAUCUUUGAAGAGCUCACACGGGACUUCCUGCCCCAGCUCUCGGAGAAGAUGCAAGAACUAGGCGUCAUCUCCAGCAUCUCGUUGUCCUGGUUCCUCACCCUCUUCCUCAGCGUCAUGCCCUUUGAGAGCGCCGUGGUCAUCGUCGACUGCUUCUUCUACGAGGGCAUCAAGGUGGUCCUACAGGUGGCCCUGGCCAUCCUGGAUGCCAACAUGGAACAGCUGCUGGGCUGCAGCGAUGAGGGCGAGGCCAUGACCGUGCUCGGCAGAUACCUGGACAAUGUGGUCAACAGGCAUAGUGUCUCUCCUCCCAUCCCACACCUCCAUGCCCUGCUGACCAGUGGGGACACCCCUCCUACAGAGGUGGACAUCUUCGACCUCCUCAAGGUGUCCUAUGAGAAAUUCAGCAGCCUAAGGGCUGAGGACAUCGAGCAGAUGCGAUUUAAGCAGAGGCUGAAGGUGAUCCAGUCACUGGAGGACACAGCCAAGAGAAGUGUGGUCCGCGCCAUCCCCGGGGACAUCGGCUUCUCCAUUGAAGAGCUGGAGGAACUUUACAUGGUGUUUAAGGCCAAACACCUGGCCAACCAGUACUGGGGCAAUGGCCGGGCUGCUGCAGGGCGCCGGGACCCAAGCCUGCCCUACCUGGAGCAGUACCGCAUCGAUGCCAGCCAGUUCCGGGACCUCUUUGCCAGCCUGACGCCCUGGGCCUGUGGCUCCCACACACCUGUGCUGGCUGGCCGCAUGUUCCGGCUGCUGGACGACAACCGGGACGCACUCAUCAACUUCAAGGAGUUCGUGACAGGGAUGAGCAGCAUGUACCACGGGGACAUGACGGAGAAGCUCAAGGCGCUGUACAAGCUGCACCUGCCCCCAGCUCUGAGCUCCGAGGAGGCUGAGGCUGCCCUGGAGGCCACCCACUUCUUCCCAGAGGACACGUCAGAAGCUUCUCCUCUGGCUUCAGAUCUGGAUCUUUUCCUGCCCUGGGAGGCACAAGAAGCACUCCCUCAGGAAGAGCGAGAAGGCACAGGAUAUGAGGACAUCAGAGAAAAAAAAGGAGAGGAGAAGGGGACCAGCCCUCCUGACUACCGGCACUACCUGCGCCUGUGGGCCAAGGAGAAAGAAGUCCAGAAGGAGACCAUCAAGGACCUGCCCAAGAUGAACCAGGAGCAGUUCAUCGAGCUCUGUAAGACGUUGUACAACAUGUUCAGCGAGGACUCGCAGGAGCAGGAGCUGUACCACGCCAUCGCCACAGUGGCCAGCCUGCUGCUGCGCAUCGGCGAGGUGGGCAAGAGGUUCUCGGUGCGGCCAGGCAGGAAACCCAGGGACGAGGACCCUGAGGAGCAGGAGCCGCCAGCCCCCGACACCCCUCAGGACUCAGCCCGGGAGCCCCAGCUGGCCGCGGCAGGAGACCCCCAGGCCAAAGCCGGCGGUGACACCCAGCUCGGGAAGGUGCCCCAGGAGAGCCCGCUACUGGGCGAGGGUGGCGGCGGCGAGGGCCAGGGUUCCCCGGGCCAGCUGCUGUCGGACGACGAGACCAAAGACGACGUGUCCAUGUCCUCCUACUCAGUGGUCAGCGCGGGCUCCCUGCCCUGCGAGGACCUGGCAGAUGAGGACGCGGUGCUGGUGGGUGGGGAGGCUGCUGCCCAGGGCGGGGGCUCUGUGGAUGCGGACUGGUGCAUCUCCUUCGAACAGAUCCUCGCCUCUAUCCUGACCGAGUCUGUGCUGGUGAACUUCUUUGAGAAGAAGGUGGACAUUGGGCUCAAGAUCAAGGACCACAAGAAGGUAGAGAGGCAGUUCAGUACCUCCAGUGACCAUGAGCCAUCAGGCAAUUCAGGUUGACCACUGCCCUGCCUGCCUCCUUCCAGUUUUCCACCUAGAGAUCCCCCUCCCGGUCUCCCCAGCCAGUAAGUGGAUGGAAAGAUGCCAGAGCACCCUCAGUGGGGGUGCAGGCAGGAUCCCAACUGGUGUCUUGGGCUUUCAGACUGUCCCCUGCUCUGCCCAUGGGGCCUCUCCAGAAGCUUUGCACCCCUAAGGAGUGGAGAAGCUUUCCUGGUCCCAAUUAGAGAGUCUCCCACCUGUGGGUACCUCAACCAUGGGGCCUUGGUGUCCCCAGAAGCCCUGGCUGCUGGCCUGGGGGUGCGCUUGUAGCUGCCAUCCUCCCCAUGUUUCCUGUGCAGUCCUCAGGUCCAGAUAGAUUUCCUCAUGCUCAUUUCCGUUGCCACAAAUGACACUGCUCAAUGCCUUAAUAAAUCCCUGGAGAACUAAUGCCUCACCACGUGCAGAGCCUGCCUAUUGCCCAUCCCAGGCUGGGCACCAGGGGUCCCUGCUGGGGCAGGGGUGACAGACCCAGGGAGGACGGGGCACAGCCAAGGCCAGGAGGAUGCACAGAGGGGCCCAGUCCUGUGGGUCCUAGCACCAGGGUCUGGACGAAGGGUCCCUGAUCCCGGAGCUGCAGGUGGGCCCAGGGUGACUGGCUGAACUGUGAAGACCCCUGAUUUGUGGCAUGAGCCCAUCACCCCUGCCCGGCCUUCCCCACACAGGAGGCUCUCGCCUGCACUCAAAGGUACAUCUCUGCCUGCUUUGUUUUUGCUUUUUUAUUCAGGCUAAAUUACAUACCAUGGAAUUCACAUUUUAAUGCAUGUGAUUUUAGCAAAUAACACCCCCAAACCAACUUCUAACAUUCCCCUCACCCCAGAAAUCCCCCUGCUGCUCACACUCAGAAGACCAUAACCACCCCCAGCCCAGCCAAUCCCUCAUCUCUUUCUGUCUCUGGAGAUUUCUAUGGCUGGUUCUAAAAAUAACAGUCUCCAUGGUGUGAUAUUGUUCACAGCUGUUGGGCCAGUUUCCAAAACUGCCUCAAAACAGCAUCAAGGAAACUGAAUAUUUUCUGGCUUAACAAAGAAUGUCAGUGACUAGUCAACAGGAGCAGGAGUAGAACUUAGCGGUAGAGCGCGAGUUUCACAUGUGUGUGGCCCUGGCUGCUAUCCCAGCACCAAAAUAAAAUGAAUAAAUAAUAAUCACUGGGGUAGGGGAGAUAGCACAGUGGUUAUGCAAAGAGAAGCUCAUGAGUGGGGCUCGAAGGUCUCAGGUUCAAUCUCCCACACCACCAUAAGCCAGAGCAGAGGGGUACUUUCAUAAAAAAUAAAAAUUUAAAAAUAAUAAUAUUGUCUCCUCUCUAGUAUUAAUCCAAACUGACUUUUCCAUGACAUAUUUUCAGAAGAUCCAUUCUAGAAAGACUAUGUCCUUGGCCAUAAAGAAAUUAAGGAAAUGUAAGACAUACAAACCCUACAUGUUUGGCAGUUCUAAUAGAUUGAAAUCAGAGGCCUGGGAAGUGGUGCAGUGGGUAAAACCUUUAGAUACUCAAGCAUGAGGUCCUGAGUUCAAUCCCUGGCAUCCCAUGUGCCAGACUGGUGCUCUCUUUCUCUUGCUUUCCCACACUCUCAUUAACAAAUAGAUAACUCUUUAAAAAUAAAUUAAUAAAUUGAAUUAUUUAGAAGGAUUUAAAUAACAGGAUUUGCAUAAAUGUUUUAUGUACUAGGUAGAAGUGUACAUUUGAGAGUAUAAAGAGAAUACAAAGGAGGAAUCUAGCCUUUUCAUGUGAUAAAAUCAAUUAUAGUAGUAUUUUCCCCUAUUAAUCAUGCAAUUGGGGAUAGUAUUCAAAAUGUUUAACAGCCAACAGAGUAACAUUAAAUAAUAUAUGGAUAAAACAAAUAAAAUUUUAGAUAUACUUUUA